UAGUAUCAUCCAUACGCAUGGAACAGUCACGGUCACAAACUCGAAAAGACAAAGUCGUCGUCAUUUUAGGAGCAACCGGCGCCGGAAAAUCAAGACUUUCCGUCGAUCUCGCUACUCGUUUUCCUUCAGAGAUCAUAAACUCCGAUAAAAUCCAAGUCUACGAAGGAUUAGAGAUCACAACGAAUCAGAUUACGUUACAAGACCGUCGCGGCGUUCCUCACCAUCUCCUCGGUGUCUUAAACCCCGAACACGGCGAACUCACCGCCGGAGAGUUUCGCUCCGCCGCUUCAAAUGUCGUCAAAGAGAUAACUUCUCGUCAAAAGCUUCCGAUAAUCGCCGGUGGAUCUAACUCUUUCGUUCACGCACUCUUAGCUCAACGAUUCGACCCAAAGAUCGAUCCUUUUUCUUCCGGGUCGGGUUUAAUCAGCUCCGAUUUGCGUUACAAGUGUUGUUUCAUCUGGGUCGAUGUAUCGGAGACUGUACUUUACGAUUAUCUUCUCAAAAGAGUCGACGAAAUGAUGGAUUCAGGUAUGUUUGAAGAGCUAUCUGGAUUCUACGACCCGGUUAAAUCCGGUUUAGCAACCCGGUUUGGGAUUAGGAAAGCUAUAGGUGUACCGGAGUUUGACGGUUACUUCAAAGAGUAUCCACCGGAGAAGAUGAUAAAGUGGGACAGUUUAAGAAAAGCGGCGUACGAUAAGGCGGUGGAGGAUAUCAAAAGGAACACGUGGACGUUAGCGAAGAGACAGAUAAAGAAGAUUGAGAUGCUAAAAGACGCUGGUUGGGAAAUAGAAAGAGUUGAUGCAACGGCGUCGUUUAAAGCAGUGAUGAUGAAGAGUUCGUCGGAGAAGAAGUGGAGAGAGAUUUGGGAAGAGCAAGUGUUGGAGCCAAGCGUAAAGAUUGUGAACCGGCAUUUGGUGGAAGAUUAGGUUUUUUUUUUCCAGCUAUUUUACAGCUCAUUUUUGGGAACUAUUUUUGAAAUAAUAAUAUUGGAAAAAAAGACAUUUUUGUUGUUGUUGUUGUUUGGUUUUAGUCUAGAAAAAACAUAGAAUACAUAUGAUCUCUUCUC